CCGUGGUCGGGUGUCUGAUUGACUCGUACUGACCGUUGUGAGACGUGCCGGUGGUUCGUGGUGUGUGGUGGUCUGGUGGCUGUGGUGCGCCGGUGGACGCUCUUUGUGAAGGAGUACGCCGAUUCUUAAUUGUCCAGCCGCCGAGCGAUGGCGCCCGCGCCCCCACUGCCAGUCACGGAAGACACGCCGCCCGACAUGCUGGCGGGCUCCAUGGAUCUGCGCGUCGUGCUGCCCGGCGGCCGCGCCGUCAAGAUGAGCGCCGAGCGCUGCACACCAAUGAUGGAUUUGUUGGUGCAAGUGACAACUGCCAACAAAAUGGCUCCUGGUGGCUUUGUCCUGCAGCCUGUAGGUGAGCGAGGUGUGUUGCCUUACAAACCAAGCACACCAAUUGGUGCAUUAGACACAUGGACAAUUCAGAUUGUGCCCAAAACACGAACCAUCAGCUCUACAAGUCUGAAGAAGGCACCUUUGAAACCCAAUAACCAGCAGCCUUUUGAACAAACCUUUAGGCUACAGGUGCAUUUGCCAAGGAAUCAACUUUUUGUAACUCGAGUUAGCCCCAAAAGCUUAUUAUCAGAUGUUUUGAACCUUGCAUGUACUGAGAAGAACCUAGAUCCCAAUAAAUACGAACUCCGUCACCCAGCAAAUUUAGAAGAACGUCUCAGACCAGAGUGGACUUUGGCAGACUACAAACUACAAGAAGUUACUUUAGUAGCCAAAGGCAAUCGUCCUCUUGGAUCUGGACUGUCUUCUUCUGACAUAAUGGCCCUCCAAAAAGAAGAGGAAAAACGAAGGCAGCAAGUGAGAGCAAAUGGAGGAACAGGUUCAGCAGUUUUGGGGCUAAUGCUUGGAAAAAAUAGUCAGUCGAGUGGCUGUGAUGGAAGUAUCAGCAGUGAUAGCCUUGGAGGAAGGAGCAUUUCACCAGCACGAUCAGAUGAGACGCCAUCUCCACCAGGGUCAAGCCUGCCUCCUCCCCGUCCAACCCGCAAGAGACGGCCUGCACCCAAGCCUCCAACACAGGCUGCCCCACACCAGCAGCCAGCCCCUGCUGUCAUUUCUCAUUCUCGUAAUAGUUCAGACAGCAGUGGGUAUCAUGAAGCAUCUAUUCUCAGUGAAAGUCCUGAGAGCAAUGGUUUAAGUAGCCCAUCAGGCACACUACCUAGGCGAAGUAAACUCACUAGCAACUCUGCUCAACCUCCAAAUGUUGCUACAUCCCAUAAUUUAUCUCGAUCAUUGUCAAACCUUACCCACAUGAGUAAUGGGGAAAACAAAACUGGACCAAUGGCAUCUUCUAUUCAAAAGAAUGGUCACAGUGUAUCAACGACAUCUUUGGCCUCUUCAGGGCAUGGAAAGAAAAAGAAAGCAGCACCACCACCACCACCUCCUGCAACAGCAAGAUCCUCCUUACCUGGACAUCUAUUGCCUGAACAACGAACAGCAUCUCUAUCAACCCUUUCUUCUCAAAGCAGUGGAGACAGCUUUGAUAGAGAACUAUACUCUCGAAGUGCAACUUUAGAAAGACCUCCUUCUUCACAGUCAUCGACUACAUCGAACAUUGUAAGACCUGAGAGCCUCCCUGAGGAAAUUACUGCAAUUAAUGAAGAUGAAUCAAUUUCACCGAACAAUGAAUCUGUUCAGAAUCUGUCCAGCAAGUUAUCACAGCAGGAACUAAAAGCAUUGAAUUCAUUGAGGGAAUCGGAGAUACCUGUUUCUCUGGCCCAGCCUCAAGAAAGAAAAUCGCCAGAUAUCCAACUGCAUCAUCGAAACUAUCCUGAAUUAGACAGCACCAGCGAAUCCUCAGGUCAUUCUACCCCUUCCCAUGUAGAAAGACCUGUGCCUUUUGAACCGCAACCACAAAUAAGAAUAACCAAACCUGUAGUGCAUUCAUCAGAAGAUUCAGCAACAUUCAUUCGUGAAACUACAGCUCCUGUAAGCGAGCCUGCUGUCACAAAACCUGCUAAGAGUACUUCAAAUGUUGCUGCUCCUAGACCUACAUUACCCGAUGUAGUUUCAGCAGAAAAAGUGACUCCCCCAACACCAAAACCUCGUGGUUUAACUGUACAAAGUUCCAGAAACACUCCUACACCACGUCCUAGGGCACGAAAAUCUCCAAGUGUUCCACAACGUAUUAAAUAUUCUGAAACUCAGACUUUGCUUAGUGAUUCAGUAGAAAGAGACUCUGCAUUUGAUUCUGAAGGGACUAGAAGUGAUUCACCAAGAUCAUUUGAGGUAGUCAAAACUCGUGGAAAAUUUGGUGGAACAUUUGGUGUUGGUAAAACAAUUGUGAUGUUAGCUUCUUCUGCUAGGAAUUCUGUGAGCAGUGAAUCUGGUACUAAGAGUAUUCAUUCAUUGGAUAGUGAUGCAGAAAUGAUUACAAGAUUUGGAACUGAUAAUGACUAUGAAGAUGACGAUGCCCUCAAUAUUAGUGAAAAUGAUCUUGAAAUGUUUGAAACAAAGAGUGGUAACAUUGAUUCUCCUUCAGCUGAACAAACAGUACAUGACACAGGCAGUUUAUUUGAUAGCAUUUCUGUAGCUAGUUCAGUUUUUGACUCUGAGCAUGAAACGUCUGACGGAACCUGGGAUAGAAGUUCUGUUAGUUCUCGAGACUUUACAAAACUUCAUUUGUCAACAAAGAAUAGUUUGCAACCUCCUUCAACCAGAAUGUCUUUGAAACAAAGACCUUGCAGUCCACGCAGCAUGGAAGAUGCUCCAUCAUCCUUGGAGACGGGAGACCAGCUUGAUUGCUGGCCCAAUUCAGAAGAUGUGCAUGGCAGUGGGAAAAACUGGAGUGCAGAAUUACAGAAAGAAAGAGAUGAAAUUCAACAAGAAUUUGAGAGUGUUACUAAAGAACUGCAAGCUGUCAUAUUAGCCGAAGAAGCUAAACAGGUUUCUUCUGCUGCAAACUUGCCUAGCCCCAAAACAGAGUCACCUAGCGUCAGUCUAGUGGAUUGGGAAUAUCAUUUACCAGCUCCACCAUCAGCUUUUCGUGAUUCUCUAUCUCCAACUUUGACUACAGAAACAGACAAUGUAUCAGAAGUCCCUACUUUUGAGGAAUCAACCCCAGAAGUUCUUCCCCCAGCAGAAUUUACCGAUAGUGACAAAUUUUCCCAACAAGCUGAAACUAGUUUGACUAGUUUGAUGAUUGAAAAGGAAUGUCCCUUGAUAAAAAAUCUAGUUAAAGGUGUUACAAAGGUCAAUCCUCUUUUCAAUGAUGAAAAAUAUGAAGCAGAAAUUCUUGAAGAAUUUAAACAUUCCAAAGAAAACAAACCUUCCUUGGUAAACAGUUAUGAAAUGAAAAAUGAAGAAGACUGGAAUCCUCAGCUGAUUGGCGUUCCGUUGGACUCUGUCAAUGAACCAAAAAGUCAAAAUAAAUCCACAAGUUCAUAUGAAAAUCAUCAAACAAAUCAGCUAAAAAAUUUCACAAUAUCUGCGUACCAAAGGCCAAAUGACACAGACAUUUUAUUUAAAAGUGAUAGUGAAAAAACAAAGCAAGAGUCUGAAUUUAAGAAACCUUUAGAAACAUCUGUGUUUAAGCGAAAAGAUUCAAACAGCUCAACAAAUAUCCCCAGAAAUAAUUCAUUUAGUACAAAAAACAGUCAUCAAUCUGAAAGAGCACCAGUGAAACGAUCUACAUCACAUGUGACUUUUAAUAACUCAGGUCGCACAUUACGUGCAAAAUCUAUUGGAAAUCUUGCCAUGGAAACAUCUUGGGAGGGAUGUGGAUCACAGGCAACAGAAAGCAGAAUGCAUGAUGGUCAUGAAGGCCUUCGCAAAACAACAAGUGAAGCUAAUAUUAAUCAAGAUUAUGGAAGAAGUAGUCGUUUAGCAGAAUUACAGGAUCAGUUCUUGCAAUGGCAAGAGCAAUUGUUGCGUGAAACACAGCCAGAUAUACCACUUCAGUCAUUGCAAGUACUGAGAAGAAUACUCAGUCCUAGUCAUGAUGCGUCUCGAGACAAGACAAAAGAAAAACGAUUAUCAGAUGAACCUUCUUACAACCUGAAGAACAGUGAUUCCUCAAAGCCCAAUAGUAAUGAAAACACUGAUGCAUCUGAACUUUCAUCAUCAAGUGCAAAUGAAGUUCAACUUCGAAGACAGUCAAGUAAUGCUUCCAACGCAGCUAAGCGGUAUUCAUACCAAGGUCCUCCAGCAGUCAACUUUUCUACAUGGAGUGAGAGACCAAAAAGCCAAGUCAGUCUCAAGGUUGAUAAUGACUACAGAAUUGGAAAAGGACAAAAUUCUUCAGGUCCCACAAUACCUAAUAAACUUGAGAAUGUGCUGGAGGCAAGAGAAAGGAAAAUUUCAGAAGAUCAGGUGGAUUCAAAAGCAAACCCUGCGGCGCUCACUAGAUCUGAAAGCAUGACACAUGUGAAUGGUCAUGCAAAAGUGGAGCCUACAGCUCUAACAAUGAGAAUAAUUUCUCACACAACUCCCUCAGGUUUCAAAAAAAUAAGUCCAGCCACUACAGGUUUUACAUCGAAGUCACAAGAUCUGACACAGUCUAAAGAAAAGGAUGCUUCCGCAUCUCAUCACACUAUUACAAGAAUCCACAGCUACAAUUCAGCUCAAAUAGCUGAUCCAUCACGGGUUCCAAUUGUUCGUGCUGUGGAAUUGAAGAAAUCCUUCCUUCAGGGGCAGCAGAUUAUGCCACAACCUGAAAAGAAACCCAAUACCACUAACAUCAAAUUAAGUUGGAAUGAAGGAAAUAAUAAUUUAAAAAGUGUACCUGUCAAUGGAAUCCACAAUAAUGAUAAAAAUAAUAAAGAUGAUGAUGAUGCUGAAGAAACGUUUCAAGGUGUUAACAAUCUUGCAAAAAGGUUUUCCUUAGCAGCUUCCAAUUCAGAAGGAAUAAAAUUCAAUGCAACAAAUAAACGACCUCUAUCAGCAUACCUGCCCAGUGACCCAAAGCCAAAAAUUGAUUCAGAUAUGAAGAACGAAAGUAAUUUGAAAGAGGCAAAUUACUUCAAUAAUAGUAAUGCUCAAAAUAAUGUAAAAAAAUAUACAUCAGUGGUGGGUGUAAAUGGAGUUAGUUCAUCAGGAAGUUUCAAGGAACCCACACAGGAUGGAAACCAAUUUGUACCAAAAGUUGCUAUAACCACUCAAAAAAGUGGGACAAAUGUUGCUUCCAAACAAACAGGAGCCUUCAAUGCAAGACAUCCAAUGCCAGUUGUAAAAGGUUUCAGAUUUGCUACUAGUGAUUAUUCUGAUUCAUCUUUGGUUGCUGCUGACUCAUAUAAAGUGCCACAAAAUUCUCAACAAUCAGUGACUGUGAAGGUUCAACAAAAUAAUUCUUUUCACAAUCCAAACCAAAGAAAUUCUAUUGUCAUUGAGUCUGCACCUGUUGUUAACUUAAGAAUUCAACCUGCAUCAGCUUCCAAACCAUCACAAGGACCAACAAAUGGAAGUCGACUGAUUCCAGAACCUCCCAGUGCUCCAGCUCUGCCAAAGAAGACUCAAAUAUCACGACCGAAGUCUUUCCCUGUGCCAGAAGUAAAUCCACGUGAUGAAUUAAUGGAUGCAAUUCGUAGUUUUGGAGGCCGAGGAAAGCUCAGGCAGGUGCGUGCCCCACCUCCCAACAAUGUAUUGCUAAUUAUGUAAUUUACAAAUUACGGAACUCAUGCAUUUAAGAAAUGAAUAUUCAAAAUGAAAAAUUAUUUUGAUUUGUAUAUCUUUGACCUCCAGAGAACUAUUUUAAUUGAACUGAAGAACAGUGAUUCAGUAUCAUAGUUAUAUUUUUUCUCUUGUUUUAUACACAUUGAUCUUGAAUUGAGUAUUAAUACUAAAGUUUCAUGUAAAUAUUUGGAAUUCAGUGACUUUAAAUCACAAGCCCAGUGAUAUAAAGUUUAGAUUGUUUUUCAUCAGAAAUUGGUACUUAUUCUGCUCAGUAUGUGGUAAUUCUGGAUAAUUUCAAGUACUAAUAUUAUGUUAUUUUGUUGUUUUAUGAAUGUAUAAUUCCCCAUAAGUAUACCAAGAAUGCAUUUUAAUUUUCCUGAAUUUUGAAAAUUAUAGUAUAGGUCUCAGUAACUUUUCUUUGUUGACUUUCCUACCUUCUGUUCCCAUUAUUUUUUUUUUUGCAUAUGGGAGGGGCAAAGUGUUCAGAAGUGUAAGGGUGGACAAUCCAAGUCUCAUUUUUGGCAUGAUCUUUGUGUAUAUAUUGACACUGCACUAUUUAAUGAGAGACAACUGGCCUUUGGUUUCCAUGCACUUUGCUGGUUGAACAAUCCAUGAUGAUUGUUGGUCAGUUGCACGUCUAUCUGUUUGGGUACUGCGAUCUUUGAACUCUUGCAAAGAGUGUUGUGCCCUCUCACAAUGAAAAAUAAAUUCAAUUUUUGGGUUACUCUGAUCAUCAUAGGAUUGUGAGUUAUAAAUUCUUUUAGGUGAACUCUUACUGGUGGCUUUUGUUUCUUAUAGAACUGUAUCAGUUCACGGUGUGGUAUUGGUUGUCGGUUUCGUUUAUUGGGAGCAGUAAUUCAUCGUGUUCUUUUUUCAUAAUAACCUUCUCUGUCAUGUCUUUUCAGACUAGUGCAAGUUAGAAAACAGAAAUGGUGCUGGACCUGAAAUGGUUAACAUCUUUUCCACAUUUUUGAUGGAUGAUGAAUUUUCUCCACUGACUUUCCAAGGACUGAUCUUUCUUCUUCAAUAUGCAAUAUUUCUCAAAUUUCUUUUCUUACCAAAUAUAAAAUUUUAUUUUUUAUUGUUAAUGAAAUGGUGCAUUAUUCCUGUGCAACAAUUGUAUACCUGAAAGAAUCUAUAUUAUCAGGAAGGACAUUUUCCAUUUCACCUAUUAGCUUUAUUUUUUGUAGUUACAUUCUUCAAAAAAAAAAAUCUAUUUAUCCAAGUUAUCUUUGUUAUUUUUGUAAAAUUUAAAUAUUUCUCUUUUGUAGUUUAACCCUACUUUUAAUUACUAGACUAUUUUUCUUUAAAGAACUGAGAUAUGUUAUACUUUUUAUUUUACAUCUCAUCUUUUAUUUUAAGAAACUCUGAAUACCUAUUUUCUUUACUCAGAGUUACAAUGGCAUUUCUUUAAUUUCCAAACUAAGAUAAGGUUUGAUGACUAGGAAAUUAUAUUACAUGAUAAAUAUUACUCAAUUUAUGUUAUACAAACAGUCUAUUCAAUGUAUGUUAUUUUUGUACAGUAUUUUCAAAUGGUCAAAAGUCAUACCUAUCUAACUUAGUUUGGCCAUCAUUCAUGGUUAUGAUCUUCAUAUUGUCCAAAGUAUAAAAUGUAAAGUGACAUUAUACAUGGUGAUCAGUGGGAAUUGAUUGUAAUACUAUGAAUGAGGUUUAUUAGUUGUAUUUGUUUCACUUUUCAACAAUGUAUUUAUUUGGAACCUCAAGAAAUAAUUUUAACUCUAGAGGUGAUCCACAGAUGAACUAUAAACCAUGUUAAGACUAAUUAUAAGGUUUGGCUUCAGAAAUAAGCCACUUGUAACAUAUUCUAUGGUUAAGUGUGUAAAUGUGUGUGAAGUGGAGUAACUGUGUAAAUAUAUGCGCUAUUUUUAAGACUCACAAUUGUAAUAAAGGGAUGUAUUUUGUGUGUCUCAAAAAGCAACUCUGUACCAUUAUGUUAAUACACACUUGAAUAUUUCAAGAAAAUAAACAAAUAUAUUGUUAAAAAAGUUGUAAACAUUAUUGUCAUGA